GCCUGCCUUUCAUCUCCCUGUUUGCGCGGGGCCUGUCGCUCGCUCCCUCGGCCCCCGUCGUCUUUGCUGCAAUUCAACCCUUGCAGCCAGCCCUCGCAGUCAACCUCGCUUUCUAUCCAUCACCAUCAUGGACUCGUCCGCCAUCAUCGCUAUCGCCGUCUGCUCCUCGCUGGUGCUCCUGGCCCUUAUCGGCCUCGCGGCCUUCUGGAUUUCACGAUACCGCCAGCGACGGCAGCUCGAGUCACUGUGGUCCAAAUCCGUCGAGGACCCUGUUCCGACACCGCUGUCGAGGCGGAUCUCCGUUACCAUUUCACGCAAAUCAACGGCCGACAAAGAAAAGGAAUCGCUGUUGCCUGCAGACGAUACUUCCUCAACCGUCUCCCUGCUUGGACGGCACAACUCUGUCCGCAAGUCCCGUUCCGACACUCUGGCGGGGACCUCGCCCUUCAUCGUGGAGGCCCCUGAAGCCGACCAAGACACCGCCUAUCCGCUCCGGACCCGCGGCGCUCGAGAAGAAAGCGACUAUCUCGACGGACACGAAGCUAGCGACGAAGAGCCUAUGGUCUCGAUUGAUCUUGGCGACGGCCUGCAGCGACGAACCAGCGUCUCAAAGGAGUCGCUUCAGCUCAUUCUCGACACCAGCGACGACAGCCUGCCGACCUAUGUCGUUAUCGAGGACCUGUUUCCCCAAAAACCGGACCAGCUGCAGCUGCGUCUCGGCGACGUUGUGACUGUCUCCAUGACCUUCACCGACGGCUGGUGCCAUGGAUACAACAUGAAUACCCAGAAGCUUGGUGUGUUCCCGCUCAAGUGUGUUGCCGUCAUCGAUCCCGAGAGCAAGAGGACAAUCAUGACUGCUGCGGCCCAGCUCUUUGGCAAAUCCUCACGGUCCAGGACGAGCUCAAACACCUCUGCUUCGUCGCUGCGGUCUGGCGCGGCCUCGUCACCGGCGUCGCCCAUCCCGCUCUCGCCGCCGUACAGCCCCAUCGACCCAGACUUUUCUCCAAGCUACCCUCCGUUGUCGCCGUCGCCAUCUCUCUCCGAGACGCCUGUGCAGUUCACCAUGGUCCCGCCCGAGCAGGCCAUGCAAGUCGUCACCAAGUCGCUGUCGCCCGAGCGGCGCGCCCAGUUCUUUGCCCAGAUCCUGAAGGAGCAGCCCGGCAUGGAUAUCGACACCAAGCGGCAUCUACAGCGGGCGGCUCAAGGACUGGAAGACCAGCUCGAUUCGGAACAGAGCUGGAGACUGGCGCUCGAGGCUCAUCUUGAGAAGGGAUUUUCGCGCUGGAUGGCCCGCGUGAACCAGGGCAAGCCCUCAAGCUCCCUCCCGGUUCCAAAGCCCCGACCAAAGCUCCCCACCCCGGUCCGGCAGCAGUCCAUGAUCUAGAUGAGUGUGUUGGCCAUCGCGGCCUGUCGUUGCGAUCUGUGACCCGCCCCCUGUGCUCCGUGUUCGAACUGUAGAAGAUUUCUCAGUAUCUCCACAGCGAGGCGGGGCGUCUUGGAAUUUCAAAGCCGGUUGAUGGUUUGUUUGGGGGAUUCCUUUGAGUUUUGAAAAAAAUACAUCAUAGGCAUCAACCAUGAACACUUGGAGAGUUGAGUGACACAACAGUAUAUUAGCUCUCGUUACGAGCCAUAUGAAAAUAGACACUGACAUGGAGAC